ACGCGGCCCAGCGCUGCUGAAACACUAUCGAGCCUGUGGACUAGCCAAAACGGACAUAUUCGAGACAAAAACAGCGACAAAAGAGCACAAAACGAGCCCGAGCAGCAGCGUUCGCUGACCUGCAGUCAUGGACCCGUCUUUACCUCCAGACCCGAACCCAGCGGAGACCGAACCCUCUGCAGACAUGACUCCACCAGCGGACGCUGAUCACUCUCCUAAUAACCCUCCGGUGGAUCCACAGCCAUGCGACACCCCGAUUUUAGAUCCAUUUCGGGAACUGACGGCACCUGCAGAACUGACCCCAGCUCAAGGACUGAACCCAGAACUGCCUGCACCAGAACUCACACCACAAACCCUGAUCCCAGGACCAGCUCCUCCACCCGGCGCCAACUUCAACAAGAUCAUGACCUUCAGGCCCACCAUGGAGGAGUUCAAGGACUUCGGGAAGUACAUCGCCUAUAUGGAGACGCAAGGAGCUCACAUUGCCGGACUGGCGAAGGUUAUUCCGCCAAAGGAGUGGAAACCGCGCCGUUCCUACGAGACCAUCGAGGAUAUGGUCAUUCCUGCUCCAAUCAUGCAAGUGGUGACUGGCCAAUCUGGACUCUUCACACAGUACAACAUCCAGAAGAAGUCCAUGACCGUCGGAGAAUAUCGCAAACUGGCCAACAGUAAAAAGUACAACACUCCUCAACACAAGGACUUUGAUGACCUGGAAAGGAAAUACUGGAAAAACCUGACGUUUGUGUCUCCUAUUUAUGGCGCCGACAUCAGUGGGUCACUUUACGACCCGGACAUUACGGAGUGGAACAUCGGCCACCUGAACACUCUUCUGGACAUGGUGGAGCAGGAGUGCGGCAUAGUGAUCGAAGGUGUGAACACACCGUACCUGUACUUCGGCAUGUGGAAGACCACCUUCGCCUGGCACACGGAGGACAUGGACCUCUACAGCAUCAACUACCUGCAUUUCGGGAAACCAAAGUCCUGGUAUGCCAUUCCUCCCGAGCACGGCAAGAGGCUGGAGAGGCUGGCGCAAGGAUUUUUCCCAGGAAGCUCUCAGGGCUGUGACGCGUUUCUCCGACAUAAGAUGACCCUCAUUUCUCCCUCAAUCCUCAAGAAGUACAGCAUCCCAUUCGACAGGAUCACGCAGGAAGAGGGCGAGUUCAUGAUCACGUUCCCGUAUGGUUAUCAUGCUGGCUUCAACCACGGCUUCAACUGCGCAGAGUCCACCAACUUCGCCACGCUGCGCUGGAUCGACUAUGGCAAGAUGGCGGCGCAGUGCACGUGCCGUAAGGACAUGGUGAAGAUCUCAAUGGACGUGUUUGUCCGCCGCCUGCAGCCGGAGCGUUACACGCAGUGGAAACAAGGUAAAGACACAACGGUGCUGGACCACCUGAAGCCCACCAGCCUGAGCAGCCCCGAGCUGGAGCACUGGAGGAAGAACAGAGUCACCUUUAGGGAGAAGGUCCUGCGCAGAGCUCAGGCGAAGAUGAAGCAGUUUCGGCGUCUGAAGCCGGAGGACCUGAAGGUUCUGAUGGAGGCGGGUGUGGAGCUGGACAUGGAAGAGUACCAACGCAAAGUGGAGGAACACGAUGAGCAGCGGCGCCAGCAGAGGGAUGAGCGCAUGGCCAGAGAAGCCAUGCUCACCCUGGAGGCGCUGGAGAGAGAAGAGCAGGAGCAGGCCGAGGCCGCGCUUCGAGGAGGAGGAGUUGAAGAAGGAAAAGCCGAUUCCCAGGAUCCUCCAGUGGAGAACGGGGAGAAGAAGAAGAAAAAGAAGAAAAAGCUUCAACUUACAGAUGAAAUGUCCUUCCAGGAAGUGUUUGAGCAGUUCACCACCGCCAGCGAAAUGCAGAACCAGAGCAAUGGAGCUGCUCCUCUGCAGACUAAUCCAUUCACGAAGCUGAAAAAGAAGGUUGAGGUGAAGAAGAGCCGAAGACAUCCAAUCAGCAAACCGCCGAUGCGUUCGCCUCACUCCAUCGUCAAACAGGAGGCCUCCAGCGAUGAGGAGCUCUACUCGGGUCUGCCAGUAGGUGGCGGCGUCACUCACGAAAGCAAGAAGCCCGAAGACAGCGAUCUGUGGCAGAACCGUUCACCGAACUUCCUAGCCGAGAAACAGUUCAACGCGGCCAUGUCCACCAUUGAGCCGUACUGCGCCAUCUGCACGCUUUUCUGCCCGUACACACAGUCUGUAAAGGACCCGUUCCACAUCUCGGACAUGUCUGGUUUGGUGUCGCGGGUUGGCUGCCGCACUCGUCCGCUGGUUCCCGAGAUGUGCUUCAGUGCUGGAGCCGAAAACAUGGAGCCGCUUUCCUCAAACUCCCACAUCGCAGACGACGGCACCAGCGUACUGCUGUCCUGUUCCGGCUGCAACCUGCAGGUCCACGCCAGUUGUUAUGGCGUCAAUCCUCAGACGAAACAGGAGGGCUGGAUGUGUUCUCGGUGUACUACGGUGGCUUGGACAGCCGCCUGCUGUUUAUGCAGUUUAAGAGGUGGAGCGUUGAAGAAGACCACAGAUGAAAGAUGGGUUCACGUGAUCUGUGCCGUCGCUGUAGCCGAGGUUCGUUUCGUUAAUGCUAUUGAGCGCGAGCCUGUGGACGUGACUGCGGUCCCUGAAACCAGGAAGAGUCUGAAAUGUGUGUACUGCCACAAGACGACUAAGCAGAUUUUCGGCGCAUGUAUCCAGUGCUCACUGGACAACUGCUCCACGUCUUUCCACGUGACCUGCGCCCUCCUCGCCGGAGUCGUCAUGAAGCCUGCUGAUUGGCCGUAUGUGGUGUCCGUCACCUGCCACAAACACAAACUGACCAAUCAGAAGGCUAAAAGUGGCACUCGUGACCUUUCUCUGGGUCAGGAGGUCAUCGGCAGGAACAGCAACGGCUGGUUUUAUCGCUGCGUCAUCACCGGCACCGGCACACAAACCUACUACGAGGUCAACUUUGACGACGGAUCCUACUGUGACAACAUCUUCCCAGAGAACCUUCUGAGUCACGACUGCCUGCGGAACGGCCCUCCAGAACUGGGCGAACUCGUGGUGGUCAAAACUGUCGAUGGACGAGUUCUCAACGCAUCCUACGUCAAGGAACACGUCCACCGAUACUACCAGGUGGAGUUUCAGGACGAGACGCAGCUCUUACUGAAGCGCAGCGAGAUUCACUCUCUGGACCAAGAGCUGCCCAAGAGGGUCAUGUCUCGUCUGGCGACUGUGAACCAGCAGCAACCUCAGGCUCAACCAUCAGACGAACCUCUGGCCGCAAAACGCCCUCGUCUGCCGACCCCGCCGCCCACGUUAGCCAUCGAGCCCACGGUGCUACCUCCUGAGCUAGUCUCCACUUUCCUGCCCGCUAGUAUUACCGCAAACACCAGCACUGCCCCUUGCUUGCCACCAGCUGCACUUCCCAUUUCAGCGCCCCCAGAACCCAGCGAGAGUUACACCCACAGCUCCAGCUACAUCGCCUACAUGGAGUCUCUCCUCAAGUCGGACUUUCCUGCAGAAGACGGCGAGCCUGGCCUUGAGCCUAUGUAUUGAAGCAGCUAACGCUUACAGACUUUCAAUUCAUUCACUUGCAUGUCUUUGUUUCAUUUAUUCGCUGUUGUGCUAAUCCGAGUCCUCCCACCCAUUGAUGGUGCGCGUGGGACGCAUGUGUGUCACUAUAGACUGAAGCCGGAACGGACCCAGUACAGAGCCUUGGGGGAUGCCGCGCUCUUCCACAAUCCCUCUUUCAAUAAACGAAAAGAUCCGACCAGCGGAACGAUCACUUACUGUAUGUGCUGUUUACUUUAAAACGGACUUUUUCUUUUCUCUAAUGAGUGCUAAAUAUUUUUCUAACUCUACUCUAAACACGCCACCCGGUCACAGAUCAAACAGCCAGUCUAUAUCUGUACAGUUUCCGAUAUUUCUCAAGUGUUCGGGCAGGGAUGGG